AUGGUAUUACGACAAUUUGUAGAGGGUUUUUCACUAAUUGCAGCACCCUUGACUAAGCUACUACGUAAGGGUGUGUCGUUUAACUGGACUGAUGUGCAACAAGAGGGCUUUGAUAAGUUCAAAACUAUACUGACUGAGGCCCCUGUUUUGAUACAGCCAGAGUCUGGAAAAGAUUUUAUUGUCUACAGCGAUGCUUCACAUGUCGAUUUCGGAUGUGUGUUGAUGCAAGAGGGUAAGGUGGUAGCUUUAUUUGAUGAUGGUAGUCUAUUGGCUGAACUCCAAGUUAAACCGAUGUGGAUAGAGCAGAUUAAGGGUAAACAGUUGGAGGAUGAGUCUUUAGGUCUUCGCUUUCGACAAAUUGAUAGUGGGAAUACUGUGGAUUUUGGACUGGAUAGUGAAGGGGUUCUCUGUGUCCGUAGGAGAAUCUGUGCACCGAAUGAUAUGCAUCAUGGUAGAAAUAAGAUAUACCAAGACCUUCAUGAGUUAUAUUGGUGGCCAGGUCUUAAGCGUGAGUUGCCUUCAAGGUUGUUGCAGCCAGUUAAGAUUCCACUUUGGGAGUGGGAGCGGGAGACUAUGGACUUCGUUAGCGGGUUGCCUCUAACACCUACUAAGAAUGAUUCUGUAUGGGUCAUCGUGGAUUGA